AUGUCACCCACAAGCAAAAACGGCUCCGAGGGCCUCUCCAACGCCAAUGGCGAGGUGGACAUCCAGAGCAAGUCAAGCGCACCUAACCUGGGCUUUGUCGAAACCCCCAAGGUCGAGGGACAAUGGACGGUUGAGAAGGCCCUAGAAGCCUCCCCUGGGACGGCGACGUCGGCGGACCCCAACUCGCCGCUCCCGUACUUCCACUUGAUUGAGCGUCUCAAGACGACUAAGCGCGAGGGCUGGCGCCGCUUCGGCAUCGAAAGAGGAGAGUCAAUUGCCGACCACAUGUACCGCAUGUCCCUCCUGUCGAUGCUCGCCCCGCCCGCCCUUGCGCCCCGACUCGACCUCGGGCGGUGUAUGAAGAUGUGCCUGAUCCACGACAUGGCCGAGUCCCUCGUCGGCGACAUCACUCCCGUCGACGGCGUGCCCAAGCCCGAGAAGAACCGACGCGAGGCGGACACAAUGGAUUACAUCACCAAGCAGCUGCUUGGCAGCGUGUACGGUGGACUCGCGGGAGCCGAGAUUCGGGAGAUCUGGCAGGAGUACGAGGACUCCAAGACGAUCAACAGCCACUUUGUUCACGACCUGGACAAGAUGGAGCUGCUCCUCCAGAUGAUGGAGUACGAGAAGCGUGGCCAGGGCAAGCUCGACCUCGGCGAGUUCGCCUACGUGGCAACCAAGUUCUCGCUGCCCGAGACCAAGGAAUGGGCGGACGCGCUGCUCAAGGAGCGAGAGCAGUUUUGGGGCGUGCAGGAGCACGUUCACGGCGAGGCGGGCGUCGAGGGCGGCGUCGGGCAGGCCCGGAAACAUCAGCAAGACAGCUACUACGAGCGCAAGUAAGACGAGAGAGGGAGAAGAUGAUUGGCGUGGGAGGUUCAAUGACGGAUAGACGGCGAUUCUUUGCACUGCAUAACGACUGGUUUUUUUUGGUUUUUUUUACGGCGCUGAUGGAUGAACGGGUACAGUAGACGCGCUUCCAAGUGUAGAAUGACGAUCCGGCGUCAUCAAGACCGGUCGUGGCUAAAAGGGAUAGUGGUUGUUCUGAACGUCAAACACCUAUGGUGCAUUCAAUGUACGGCCUUAGCGGAGUUACUAGGUGUUGAAGUCAAACUUCAUGAAGAGGACA